AUGGACAGAAAGCACAGUAUCAGGAAAGAACAUACGACCAGACUUGGUCUUCCCGUAGAUGAAAAAUGUGAAGGACACGGAGUUCAAAGUGAACCAUCGAUGUAUUUAAAAACUCCGCGCAUGGAAGGAGAAAAUGAAACGGGAAUAUCUGGCAUCCAGCGCGAUAGCGCCUGGUCGGCUCCAGGGAGCUUUCGACGCUGCCGAGCUUCAGAUGAAACCCUGGAAGGCUCCUGGUCCUGA